AUGUUGACGGUUGACGAGUCGUGGGUUAAUGUGCAGCAGAAGACAUUCACAAAAUGGUCCGUCCACCCGAAAGCCAUCCCCUCCGUCGAAGCCGGCCUGCUCACCCGCACCGCCCAUGUUUCGGAGCUCGCCAAUGUGAUCUCUUUUGUUCUCUAUGGCUCGGAUUCAGCUGACUUCAUCUUCUAUUCUUGCAGGCUCAAUAACAAGCUAAAGGUUCGCGAUAUUUUUGUGAAUAAUCUGGUGCCGGAACUUUCAAACGGGGUCACACUUAUCCAUUUACUCGAGAUCCUCGGCGGAGACUCACUCGGUCGAUAUGCUGCCAACCCAAAGCUUCGUGUGCAAAAAUUCGAAAAUGUUAACAAAAGUCUCGACUAUAUCAAGGGGCGGGGAAUUCAGAUGACCAAUAUUGGUGCGGAGGAUAUUGUUGAUGGUAACCAGAAGAUCAUCCUAGGUCUAAUUUGGACGCUUAUCCUGCGGUUUACUAUUAGCGAUAUCAAUGAGGAGGGCAUGACCGCGAAGGCCGGCCUCUUACUUUGGUGUCAAAGGAAAACAGCAUGCUAUGAGGGUGUGGAAGUUCGAGACUUCUCUACGAGUUGGAACGACGGCCUCGCAUUCUGUGCGCUCUUAGAUAUUCACCGGCCAGACCUGAUCGACUAUGACUCUUUGGACAAAAACGACCACCGAGGAAACAUGAAGCUAGCCUUUGAUAUCGCCGCGAACGAAGUCGGUAUCCCUGAUCUACUCGAUGUCGACGACGUGUGCGAUGUCGCCAAACCCGACGAACGAUCCUUGAUGACAUAUAUUGCGUACUGGUUCCACGCCUUUUCCCAGCUGGAGAGGGUAGAAAAUGCGGGACGGCGUGUGGAGAAGUUUGUGAACAACAUGCACGGCGCAUGGGAGAUGCAGAACUCUUACGAGAAAAGAAUGAGGGAACUCUUACGAUUGAUUCGCGCCCAGCGUGAAGAGUGGAAAAACGCCUCAUUCGAAGGGACAUACAAGGACGCAAAGGAGCAGGCCUCCCAGUUUGCCAUGUAUAAGCGGAACCAGAAACGUCAGUGGGUAGCGGAGAAAUCAGACCUCGCAGCUCUCUUGGGAAAUAUCAAAACGAAGCUUAGCACGUAUCGCCUUCGUGCUUAUGAUCCUCCGCCAGAGUUGUCUCCCGAAGCCUGUGAUCAAGAGUGGGAAUGUUUGACCCGUGACGAGCAUGAGCGCAGUCAGCUCAUUAACGAAACCAUUCGAGAUAUUAAGAACGCUCUGCGCCGCUCAUUCGCAGAUAAAGCGAACGACUUCGCGCUUACCUUGAAGACGCUGUCUCUUGCAAUCUCAGGCCUUGACGGAGACGUUGAAGAUCAACUUGCCCACGUCAAGCGACUGAACGACAACUUACCGCCGCUCGAUGCCUUCUUGGAAACUAUUGCGGAGCUUGAUGAGCAAUGCCAGGAAGCAAAUGUUGAAGAGAAUGACUACACAACAUAUACAUUGGACGAACUGGCUUAUGAGUUGAGCCUGGUUAAAUCGAGUAUAUCCAAGAAGAUGGCUUUCCUGGACAACCAACUUGUCGCGCGGAACAUGACAAAUCUCACUCCUAUUCAAUUGGAAGAGUUUGAGUCAGUGUUCCGACAUUUUGACCGCGAUUCAUCCAAUACGCUUCAGGAACUCGAGUUCUCCGCCGCGCUUGCCAGUUUGGGCCUUGUGUAUGAUGAGGAAGAGAUGCACCAGGUCUACGUGGAAACAUGCGGUCCUGCUAGGCUAGCUCAAGGUGCGGGUGUCAGUUUCGAGCAGUUCAUACGUUUUAUGGUCAGCGUAACGGAGGAUCAGAACACUGCAGAACAGGUAUUUCAAAGCUUCCGAGAGGUCGCAGAUGGCAAGCCGUACGUCACAGAGCUUGACCUUCGACACUCUCUCAUUCCGGACGAGAUUAUCGAGCACCUUGUCAAGACUAUGCCUCAGCACGAAGGUCCAGAUUUGUUAGAAGACAGAGACCUUCCCAAAUAUGACUACAUCAGCUUCAUGGAGAGGAUGAUGAACGACAACUCCAGUCAGGGCAAUGCGCCUAUCAACGGCAGCGUGUGAUCCGUUCUUAAUCAAUUUUAUGGUCUUUCUUUAAAUUACCGUCUUGUUUGUGGUAUAGGUGUUGAUUGGUACUCAAUGGCGUUGGCGAUGGCCAUCUUUGCAUUGUGAUAUUUCUCGUUCGUUGUCUUCUGGUUUACAUGGAGACCUACGCAUCACUUGCACUGUGUAGACAAUCCGAAGAUAUGAAGCAGUAAUUCCCACCAAAAAAAAG